UCAGUGGCAGCAUGGUAUGCUAUAGAUCUAUGCAAUGUGGUGUUAAAUUGGCAUUCAGAUGGUGUUGGAUACUGAUCUCAAAUUGCAGGCUCAAACACCACAGCAGAGAAAGGCCAAUGAGAGGUAUGCAAAGCAUGAAGCUGCAAAGCGUGGCAAAGGAGGGGUGAUGGCGAAGCCAAAGCAGCACUCACGGUCUCCAGUAUCAACUGGCUGGAUUGGUAUGUUCCCAUUAGCCGCCAUGCCAAUGAUCUUCUGGUAGGGCUAAGAAAGUUGACAGUCAUCCUUGCGUUUGUUGUUUGUGGUGGAAUAUUUCUCGAAUUACUGGGGAUUGUGCCUCGGUUAUGGUCCGCUCUUGUUACG